AUGCCAGCUACCAGAAGGGCCGACGAGACCCGCACCACCCACCGCCGCCAGCCGGCCGUCUCGACCGCUUGCGACUUCUGCCGUCGCCGCAAGAUCCGCUGCAAUGGUGAACGGCCUUGUGACAAGUGUCAGCAGCAUGAUUGUGCCGACACCUGCCGCUUCCAUCCGCGCUCUCCACGCCGCUCGCGUGCGGAUUCCCCCGCAUUGCACGAGGCACACGAUCGUAUCCGUCAGCUGGAAGAGCGCAUAGCCAGCAUCCACAACGAGCCCUCGCGCAAUCCCUCCACAUCCUCUCCGCAUCAGCCUCGUCGUUCCAGCAGCGCUUCCGCCUUGGUCAGCCCCAGCAGCCUUGCUCAAACGCAACCAUCCUCCGCCGACAACGUCCAGACCGAGCAUAAUCCCGGAAGAGCUAGAAUCAGCACCGCCGACGCCAACGCAGAGCCGCAUUCCCAGCAUGCUUCGCAUAGCCGGACCCAUCGUAGCGUCGGCGGCGCCGGGAACAUCCGCGGCUCGGAACCUGUUGCCACGCCCUCUAGGCACACCCCAUCCGUGAGAGAUGAUCACGGUUCCACAAUCAGCUCCCCGCAUGGCUCGCGCGCACGCUCAUCCGCCUCCUUGUCGCCCUCGCCGACGUCACCCACAUCCUCGGCGGUCGCCACCAUCAUCGCAGAUCUCAGCAAGAGCGCAGGCCCUCACACCGCCCACGACCGCAGCAUCCAGCCACAGGCGCGUCCAGCGUCUCAGCCUCCUCGACCACACAACCAUGCUACACGCGCGGUCAUGUCCAACCUGCGCGUCAACAACCGUGGCGAAUCGCGCUACCAUGGUCCCACCAGCGCCUCCUUCAGCGCUCCAGAACAGUCGGCCCGCGAUCACCAUCCAUCCGAUUCGCAGCUGGCUCCCGAGCCAGCCCGCAGCACUCCACUGGCCGCCGACUUCAACUCCGCCGACAACCGCGGCUGCCAUGUCCAGAUCAACCCUGCCCUCCUCAAGGAUCGCCUCACCACGCUUGCCGCCCACGAACGGCAGCAGGAGGUCAUGAACGUCGUCUCGGGCAAACUCGACUUUGACGGUGUCGAGCCAGAGCUCGCUCUCCAUCUGCUCAAUCUGCACUGGAAUCGUCAGCAUCACGCCUACCUCGUCACUUAUCGCCCGCUCUUCAUGCGCGACAUGGCCGCUCCCCCGGCCAAGGCCAAGUACUUUUCAAAACUUCUCUUCCACGCCAUCCUUUUUGGCGCCGCCAAGUUUUCGGAUCGCAUCGAUCAGGUGCGCUCCGACGUCAACGACCCUUCCACGGCCGGCCUCCAAUUCCUCGAGCGCGUGCAGCAGCUCCUGCCCGAGGCGCUCAUCAAGAGCCGCAUCACCACCGUACAGGCGCUCCUCCUCCUUGCUUGCACCCACUACGCUCGCGGAAGCGAGAGUGCCGCCUGGCUCCAUUCCGGUCUUGCCUUUCGCAUGGCGAUCGACCUCGGCAUGAACGAGGACAGCAUCGAGCUCGUCACGUCGGGCACCAUGACCCUCGAAGAGCUCGAGCUUCGCAGACGCGUCGUAUGGGCUGCCUAUGUGAUCGACAAGAUCCACUCGCUCUACCAGGGCCGCCAAGCUUCGAUCGAGAGACGCAACCUCUACGUCCCCAUCGAAUUCUACGACCACUUCGAGGAGACCGAGUUCUGGACGCCCGUAGCGUACCACCGGCCGAGUGACGAUGUCGCAGAGACUCGGGAUGCUGCUCGAACCGCGGCAGCUUCGCCGGCAGGCUAUACCGGACCCAUCUACAGCGUAUCCACCUUUGCCGAGCUUUGCCGCCUCACGGUGAUCAUGGAGAAGAUCAUCCACCUCUUCUACUCAAUCGAUAGUGGCACGCGCCCCGAGCGUGUGCAAACCGAGCGCCUGAUUGGCAUGCGUGCAGAGCUUGCCUCGUGGCGCUCGGCUCUGCCCGUCAACUUGCGCAUCGACUCGAUCUCUCCCAGUCUGGGCCGCACAGGCGCCAUGCCACGCUCGCGCACGCGUCCACCCAACCUCAUCUCGCUCCAUGCUCUCUACCAUGCGCUCACCAUCCUGCUCAAUCGGCCGUUUCUCCCGCAUGGUCAUCUGCGCAGCGACGAUCCGGCGACUGGUCGAUCCGCCUGGAAGGCGUGCGUCGAUGCGGCCUCGAGCAUCUCGAGCCUCAUGAAUCUCUACCGCCAGACGGUCAGCAUGAAGGGCGCACCGCAGCUCAUCUCGUACAUCAACUUUUGUGCGGCGGGGAUCCAUGUUCGAUUGGCGGCACAGCUGCAGCAACGCGCGCCGACGGCAGGGUCGGGAGAUGCGGCGGAUGUGGCCGCGUCGAGCCGCAGGUACGAGCUCAAGGCGCUGCGUCAGUGUCUGCAGGACUUUGAAGAGAAUCAGGAUCCCAACCCGGGCGUCGUCAAGGCAAAGAGCGUCAUUCGCAACAUGGCCGAGCGGGCUGGCAUCCUCGACCUUCUCAACGCCGCCGAUGAAGAAGGUGGCCUAUCACCCGUCGGACAAGGAGACAGUCCGCCAAUGCACCUUUCCGGCGCUGGUAAUGGGGCUUCCAACGGUCGCAACGGUCACGAAGCCGGAGGAGCUCUACUUGGAAGUGGUGGUGGGAUGGAUGUCACCCACAGCUCGGCACAGAACACGGGCACAGUAGUCGAUUCGCCCUCGGGAGCAACAGGCAUGCUGGGACGCACGAGCAGCGCCCGGGCACAGCCCUCGACGUUCGGCGUCACUCCACCGUACGAGAUUGACUUUGAGAGCAUCCUUGCCUCGUUUGACCAGUUCGAGGCGGCGGGCGCCACGGGCCAUGACGGCCUGUUUGCAGGCAACUCUGACGCGGCCACCAACUCGGACAUCCUAUUCGGAUUCCUGCGCGACUAUGAUCCUUCUUACCCUAGUUCGCACGCAAUAUGA